AUGUGCUGGAAUCCAUUGAAGAACAGUUUCUUUGCUGUUAGUGUUAAUGUUUACAAGGGCUGUCCUGAGUUGCUGUAUAUAGGAAGUAUCCGAGUUUUUCAGGCUUUGAAGGACUGUUUUGGCAUCAGUCAGUACUCACAAGCAUGUUACAGUUUCCUGUAUAACGACAAUACCAAAUGGUGUACACCAGGCGGCAAGUUAUCUCCCUUACAGCCUGAACCAACUUUACAAGAAGGUGACCUCUAUGUACUGCUGAGUGAUGACGCCUAUGACGGGUUCAGUUUACGAGCUUUGAAUGAGACGACGGCAAAUGUUGCCCGAUACAAUAAGAAAGUUAAUUAUACAGUCGCUCAAGAAACAUGUCAAUGUAUGAAGUCCUCACUAUAUGUUCCCAAGACCACAGACAAAUUUCAACUUCUGCUGGCUUUACUUAACACGUCAAGCGGGGUAAAUCACUGGAUAGGGAUGAAUGACAUUGAAAUUGAAGGUCAAUUCGUAUGGACAGACGACGGACAGGUCGUUGAUAAAGGAUUGAUGUUAGAACUCUUUGAGAACGGAAAACCUGACAAUUACGGCGGCCUGGAAGAUUGUGUUAUGAUCACUUUUUAUAAGCUCAAGGGAAGAUCAUUCCUUGAUGAUCUUUAUUGUUCUGCCAACAGAUCAUUUAUAUGCGAGAAGUAUCUUUAA